AAAAAUCUCACGCCAUCUGCACCUCCCUCCUAUCGGUCGCCCUCUCGCCGACGCCACCCAUGGAGGCCGCCGCGAUCGCCACCACCUCCCGGUCUCUCCCGCUCCCCUUCUCAUCUACCCAGCUCCAGCGCCGGCGCCGUGCCACCUUCAUACCCAUCGCCGCCUCCAAGCGUCACGAAGACGACAAGGAGACCGCUAAAGGUUCCGGCUCGGAACCCCGGCGCGAGCCCACUAGCCUGGCGCCGUAUGGCAUCUCCAUCUCGCCGCUCUCCAAGGACGCGGCUAUGGGGCUGGUGGUGAGCGCCGCCACGGGGAGCGGCUGGACCACGGGAUCGGGAAUGGAGGGCCCGCCGACGGCGAGCAAAGCUGGUGGGGCGGGCAGACCGGAGGUGUCGACGCUGCCUUGGUCCCUCUUCACGAAAUCACCACGGCGGCGCAUGCGGGUGGCCUUCACCUGCAACGUGUGCGGGCAGCGUACGACCAGGGCCAUCAAUCCUCAUGCCUACACUGAUGGAACUGUGUUUGUUCAGUGCUGCGGUUGCAAUGUGUUCCAUAAGUUGGUCGACAACCUGAACCUGUUUCAUGAGAUGAAGUGCUACGUCGGUCCAGACUUCCGCUACCAAGGGGAUGCUCCAUUCAACUACCUUGACCCAAACGAGGAUAACGACACUACCUUCCCUCUCUGAAGCCUAAAGCCUCCUUUAUGUUGCCAGUACAAAAUUGGUCGGUGUCGUUCUAAUUUGCUCGUAUAGAUGUACUUAAUAAGCAGGUGUACGUACCUUCAUGAACCUGUAAGAUUGUUCAGAUGUAUAUAAUUCUACUUAGUGCACACAGGUAGUGGAUAAUAAUGGAUAGACGAGGAAGUUUAUGCAUUCGGCUUUGUGCUCCAGGAGCCUGUAGUGUGUGAACAUGAUAUGUAUGAAUGUAUUAUAUAUCUCAAGUGUGUUUAUGGAGUA